AUGGCUGAGAACACCCACCAAGCGUACCCUACAGCUCCAUCAAACGGUUAUGCAAGAAGCGAUGGAGAGUCUUUGGUAUCCGAAGAUGAGCUCAAGCGCAAGAAGAGAAUCAAAUUGUUUACCUACAUUGGUAUUUUCAUUGUGUUUCAGAUCAUAGUGAUGACCGUGUUUGGUCUUACUGUGAUGAAGGUUAAAACUCCAAAGGCCAGAUGGGGAAGCAUCGAUGUUGAAACCCUCAACUAUGUUCCUGCAACACCUUCGUUCGAUACAACCUUUGAAACCCAGAUAAGGAUCAAGAACACAAACUGGGGUCCUUACAAGUUUGAUGCAGGCACUGCCACAUUUUUGUACCAAGGUGUGACUAUUGGGAAAGUUGAUAUUCCUAAGAGCAAGGCCGGAAUGCGUUCCACCAAGAAAAUCGAUGUUGAGGUGAGUUUGAAUACUAAUGCAUUGCCAAACAGUUCUGCUCUCGGAACUGAAUUGAGCAGCGGGGUGUUGACACUUACCAGCCAAGUUCAACUGAAAGGAAAAGUUGAGUUGAUGCUUAUAAUGAAGAAAAAUAAGAAUGCCUCUAUGGACUGCACAAUAGCAUUUGAUUUGUCAUCAAAGACAGUUCAGAGCUUACAAUGCAAAUGA